AUGGCGCUUCCACGAUGUUGUAUCCAUUUUAAAGACGGAAACGGACCCCUGACACCAUUUACAAGUGUUUCGUUUGAAAAAUUUCGGCACUGUCAUGAGAUCUGGAUAGAUUUGGAUGGGCAGCAGAGACAAGUAGCAGAGAAAUCAAAGGGUGUUUUACAGGAUGCCGACGACAAGUCUUCAGCGGUUGGGAAUUUUUAUUACCAUAGAAGCUGUUAUUCAAAGUUUACAAAUCUUACAAAUAUCAAACGUUCUCAAGCCCGAUGUGCUAAAAUUAUGGCGAACAGAUCCGUAGAAAAUCAACAAGACACAAUCAGUACAGAACCAACUUGUAGCCCACCCCCCAAAAAGAUGCUGAGGUCUUCAAUGCCAAGUACGUCCACAACAUCGCAAUCCAGCUCUAUACUCCCACCAGCAUGCAUUAUUUGUAAUAAGGAUGAAAUUUAUAUCACUGAUACGGUAAGUGAUCAUUACAUAUUUUCAGUCUAUAUCAGAGCCACUGACAUAGGGUAUAUAGCAGGGCAUAUAAAUGUUUUGUCAUUUGAAGGGGGACAUUAAGUACCUAAUUGUUACACUGGACGUCACAUAUAGUGAUAGAUUAUUCAAAUUAAAAUUUUAAAAAUGUACUGAAGAAUUAACAAAUUCUCAAUCACUUCUUACGUCAUUGGCUUACGUCGUUUUAAGAAAAACGCAAAAGCUUAUUUCUUUCUGUAUUGAACCAUAUUAUACUAUCUAUGCUAUGAUAAAUUUCACAAACAUGUCAAAUGUUUUCUGCAGCCGCACCCUUUUAACUCAUAAGUUCAUUGUAUUGUUAUCACUCAACAGUAUACCCAAAAACGCAAAUUGGGCCAGCUGAUCUCAGCGGAAACAAUCGACGGUGGGAAGCUCAGAGAAGCUGCGACGAGAAAGAACGACCAGCGGAUUCUUAUCCAUAUAUUGGACAAAGAUUGUGUCGCCGUUGAGGUGAAGUAUCACAAAUGUUGCUAUCAAAAAUACACAUCGUUCUUGAACCAUCCAGAAACCAACGAUUCAGCCAUAGAAAAUACAAUGUACUGCAAGUCGUUUAAUAAGUUUUGCACCAUCGUAAAAGAACAAGUCAUUGAUAACCAUGGCAUUUGGUAUAUGAUUAGACUCAAAACCGAAUUUGUCAAUACAGUGAGAAAAGAAGAAAAUCAAGAUGCUUCAAGUUAUGCAACAUUUCGAUUGAGAAACAGGCUGAAGAAACGAUUUCCUCAAUUAGUAUUCCAUACACCAAAGGUACGAAACAAAAAUGAAUUUGUCUACGUUGAAGACUUAAGUCGGGAAAGUGUGGUGGAGAGGCUGUUGACUACAAAGAGUGACAGUCAAUCAGAUACUUCAGAUGAUGAAGAAGACGACGAAGAUGAGCCCAAGCAAUGUGAACAGACAUCCAACAAGACUAAGAGGACGAUAGAACUGAAAGAUUUGUACGUAGUCGCACUUGCACUAAGGCAAAACAUUCUAGAAUAUUGCUCGUCAUGGUAUGAGAAUUGGCCUCCUCUUGCUUCUGACAUCACUGGAGAAAGCGUUAUGAAAGUGGUAUCCCCUCUUCUAUAUAAUUUUGUGGCGUGGUUACUUGGAUACUCCGAGGAGCCACAGGUCUCAAGCUACGUGGAUAUGAACGAAGAAUAUGCAGUUAAAGUGUACUCCAUGUGUCAAGACUUGGUUUAUAAUGCCAACAAGGGUAGAACUCAAACUCCAAAGUCCUUGGCACUGGCAAUGGCAGUAAGACAAAUUUCUGGAUGUUCAGGUUUGAUUCAUAUUUUGAAUGGUCUAGGACAUUGUGUUUCUUUGUCGUCAACAAUGGCAUACGACUCUGCCAUCGCGCAACUUGUCAUCGAAACAUCUGACAUUGUUCCAAGAGAAUUUGUCGCAGGUCAAUCGAUUAACUUAGUGUAUGAUAACAUCGAUUUUGGCGAAGAAUUCAAGAAACAGACACAUGUAACAAAUGGUAUAAUUACUCAGAAAGUUUCACACAGCCAUCAAAUUACUUCUGAAAGAGAAACAGUGAACAUACAAAAGUCGCAGCGUACAGUACAAGUGCCGGAACAAAAUAUAAUACCAUUCAGCAUUGGGAAUAAGAAGACACCAAGAUUUAAUAUUGAAAUAGAACAGGUUACUGGUAAUGUCAUGGUUCAAACAGCUGCAUCAGAGGCCGCGCAACUUCUCGAUCUGACGUAUGUACUGCUGAAAAUGGUGCCUUCAGAUGACUUGCCUGUACUUCCUGGAUGGACAGGUUUUAAUACCCUCCUGCGCAAAGAUAACAUCCCAAGUAUCUCAAGAGUUGGCUAUCUCCCUGUCAUCGACGCGUCUCCGACAGAGUAG